AUGACGUGUCCAGGUGUGUUGGUGUGUGUGGGUCGAGAGCCCUUCAGACCUCUACUUCUGGAGUACGUAACCAAGAGCUCUGAGGAGAAACUUCCUGGACUGGGGACGCGGUCAACUGGAAACGGGGCCCGCUCCCCGGGUACUGGGGCCCGCUCCCCGGGUACUGGGGCCCGCUCACCUGGUAACGGAAAAGGGUCACGGUCUAGUGUCUGCAGCGAGGGACACGACAACAAGAAGAACGUGAACUUUGGUCUGGAGACUAAGAAGAGCAUCAUCCAUCCUCGCUUAGACUCUUCAAACCGCUCCACCCGUUUCUCUCUCUCCUCUGAGAAGUCCUGCGCUAACGGCCUCAGCACUUGUCCCCACUCCCACAGCGGCAGGGAGGCGGUGCUGAACGAUGACAUAGAGAAGCGGGUACUGGUGAACAAAGAUGGCAGCCUGUCUGUGGAGAUGAGGGUGCGGUUCAAUCUCCACAACGAUGAGACACUUCAGUGGUCCACGGAGAUUAAGAAGUCUCCGUCUGACUCUCUGACAAACGACUGCUGUCCGCUCAGGGAAGCCCCGCCCUGCUACCUACAGCAGGGCCAAUCGGAAAGCUGCUCGGACCCUGACUACGCUUUUUGUGUUGCUGAAGCUGCCGACUACGCACCCAAGCCUCCACAGCGCUCCCUGAAGGAGCCACAGCCCCGCUGUGCCUGCUGCUACCAGAGACCUGACCCGGAGUAUGACCUCUGGGAAAACCCCGCCCACAUCCAGACCUCUAAGCACUCCCAUUCCAGGGUUAGACACACCCACUCUUCUAGCUCCUCCUCCUCCUGCCGCUCCAGCAGGGUGGUGAGGAGACGGGCGACCCACAAGGAGGGCUCGGAGCCUGGAAGGGUUGUCCAGGAGUGCUGCGUCAGGGAAGAGGUACAACGUCGGGUGGAGGUGGAGAGGGACGGAGGAAUGGUGGAGGUGUGUACAGUCAGCCGUAGCUGCAGCCGCAGCGAACUCAAUCUGAGUGCCACAGACAACCAGGGGGAGGAGCGUCCUCCGUCUAGCUCCUCCCGCAUACUCCAAGCGCUUCAGGAAGAUGUGGAUGCCCUCCCUCCCAACGCCUCACGCUGCUGCCAUAGCAACGACCCCCCACAACAGCUCCCUUUGACUUCGCGACCCCCCAGCCACUCGUCCAAUUACUCCAAGAGCAGGAACCACACCCCUGCCCCUACCCCACAGCGAGAGGAGAGGGGAGAGGGGGAAGAGGAAAGGUGUGACAUGGGUGAGGAGAGUGCUAGCAGAGCCUCCUCCCGGCGCUCUUGUCACUCCUGUUCCUGCCGUGGUGGAGAAGUCACCCCUCAGGCCCACCAGGAGAGGGCGGACAGCCAAGCCUCCCACAGAUCUAGAUCUUUCAAUAGAAUCACAACCCCUGUGGCUUCAGAGGAGGGAGAUGAUGAAGAUGACGAGAAGGAGGAGGAGGAGGAGAGGGCAGUCAGCGUAAUGUCCACUCACACCGGUCUCUCCGGGGGAUCGGGUGGGUCAUUGGGGUCUAUGGGGUCCAUUGUGUGUUCUCACUGUGGCGGGUGUGACCAUAGGUCCAGCCCUGCAUCCUGCCCUUCACAGAGGUCACAGCGAUCUAAAUGUGAAGAGGAGAGGUCAGGGAGCGGACUCUCGGGUGGCUCAGAUGAGUCCGGUUUUUCUCAGAGAACCAACAGGUCCAACUGUACCCACUACUACCAAGAGGGCCGAGCAGCCAGCAGAAUGUCACACCUGUCACUUCCCGAGGAGGGAGAGGAUACUGGGAAGGAGGGAGAGGUGGAGGUUGGCGAGAAGAGAGAAGAGGAGGAGAAAGACGAGAGAGCAGCCAGUGUCCUCUCAGCUAAAUCCUUCUCUUCAGUCAAGGGCAGGAACUCCAGAACCUCCCAUAAGUCUAAGGCUUCAGAAUCCCUUGCAGACAUGGAGGAAGAGAUGGAGGAAGAGAUGGAGGAAGAGAUGGAGGAAGAGAUGGAGGAAGAGAGGGAGGAAGAGGGAGGAGUGGAAGACAGAAGAGAGCAGAGACCAUCAAGCGCCAUGUCAGCUAAAUGUAACCUCUCAGUAAAGUCCAACAGGUCUCAGAAGUCCUACGGCAGCAAAUCUGAACGGGCGCCUUCCCCCAAAUUACCAGAGGCAACAGCUACUGACGAGGUGGGAGAGGAGAGACCAGCAAGUGCCAUGUCAACUAAAUCAAACCUCUCAGCCAAGUCUAGCAGGUCUCAUAAGUCCACCUGUAGCAAAACAGAUGGGUCCACAAAAGUUUCAGAGAGGGCAGCAUCUCCCAGAUCAGAACCUGAAGCUGCUGAGGAUACAGAGGACAGAGAAGCCAGUGAUAUGUCAAAUAAAACCUGUGUUUCAGCAAAGUCCAGCAGAUGUCAUAAGUCUCGGGCUGCUUCUGUCAGCUCUGACACACCCGAAGUCCCUGAUAUUGAGACAGCCGGUGAAGGUGAAGAGGCAGAAGAGAAAACAGAGGAGAGGGCAGAGAGCUCCAUGUCAGCUAAAUCUAACCUCUCGGUUAAGUCCAGCUGGUCCCAUAAGUCCACCUACAGCAAAGCAGAACAGGCCCCUUCCCCCUAUUCAGAGGCGCCAGAAACCGAACCUGGUCUAGAUGAGGAGGGAGAGGAGAGAGCAGCGAGUGCCAGGUCAACUAAAACCAGUGACUCAGCAAAGUCCAGCAGGUCCCACAAGUCUAACCAUAAAGCUACCUCUCCAAAGCCAGUCAACGAUCCAGCGGAGGACACGGAGGAACAGAGAGCAGCCGCGUCAGGUGAAAUCAGGGCUUCUGUCAGGUCUAGCAGGUCUCACCAGUCUACCUGUAGUAGGAGUGCUAGGGCUGAGACACCUGUCGCCAAAGACAUCCCUGCUAUUGAAACAACAGAAGGAGAUGAGAAUGGGUCUGCUGCCGCCGCAGGAUACGCAGAGGAGAGGCCGGCGAGCGCCACGCCAGCUAAAAUGAACGUUUCAGUUAAGUCUAGCAGAUCUCACAAGUCUACCAAACCUUCAGAGAGGGUUGUCUUUAAAGGGGCUAACAUCCUGGCUAUUGAAACAAUGGGGAAGUCUAGCAGAUCUCAUAAGUCCACCUGCAGCAAUGCAGAACGGGCCUCUUCCUCCAACUCACCAGCUGAACUUGCCCCUUCUCCCAACUCACCAGAGGUACCAGCUUCUGCUGUAGAUGAGGAGGGAGAGAGAGCAGCGAGCACCGUGUCUGCUAAAACCAGUGCUUCAGUCAAGUCCAGCAGAUCCCACAAGUCUACCUGCAGUAGGAAUGUCAGGGCUGAGACACCAGGGACUAAAAUCAUCCCUGUUAUUACGACGACAGGGGGAGAGGAGACGGUCGAUGAUACAAUUGUUGCUGGAGACACAGAGGAGAGACCGGCGAGUGUCAUCUCAGCUAAAACCAGUGCUUCAGUCAAGUCCAGCAGAUCUCAUAAGUCUACCUGCAGCAGGAGGGCUGAGAGUCAAAGAUCUCAACCAGCCGAUGUCCCUGUUAUUGAAACAACAGGAGGAGACGAGGUCGGAGACGAGAAAGAGAGAGCAGCCCGUGUCAUUUCAGCUAAAUCUAACGCUUCAGCAAAGACCCGCAGGUCUGACAGGUCCACCUGUAAUGGAGGUGCUGAAGUGAUCUCUCCAGUGGCUCAAGAUAUUCCCUCUAAAGAACAGGGGGACAAAGAGGACGAGAAGUCUGACGAGAGACCAGCGAGCGUCAUGUCGGCUAAAUCCACCACCUCUGACAAGUCCACCAGGUCCCAUAAGUCCAGCAGUAGUAAGAGGGCUGAAACGCCAGCUGAUGUCCCUGUUGUUGAGACCACCGGAGGAGACGAGAAGGGAGAGGGGACAGAGAGACCAGCGAGUGCCAUGUCGACUAAAUCCAAUGUUUCAGCAAAGUCCAGCAGGUCUCACAAGUCCACCUGUAAUAGUGGAAGUGCUAGAGCGGUCUCUCCAGCACCUAAAACAGCAGACGUCCCUGCCAUUGAAACAACAGAGGUUGACCGUGAGGGAGAGAAAACAGAGGAGAGACCAGCUAGCGCCAUGUCGGCUAAAUCUCACAUCUCAGCUAAGUCCAGUACAUCUAAUAAGUCUAAUGCAAGUAACAGAAGUAUGUUUCCGCACCUGAAAAAAGAGAGAGGUGAGAGAGGCGUUAGACCCCUCCCCAGCACUACAGGAGAUGACCUUGAGACAGGCCGUGUGAAAUCUGCCAUGAGCACAAAACUCAAAAGUAAAGCAGAUUCCUCCCCCACCAGACCCCUCUCCAGAACAUCACAGACCAGCGCUAAACCUACCAAUCGAACACCGCCUGCCACCUCCGAGACAGCCAAUGAGGAGUCUCGAAGUCAAGCCGCCAGCAGGGCCGCAGACAUAGCUGAUGACAUCAGAAAUGAUGUCACAGAGGAGAAAGCGUCCAGCGUACGCUCCAAGAGCCCUGCCAAAGCAGCUGGAGACUCAAGACCUGUGUCUGCUUCCUCCGCCCGCCCCACCGGGUCAAAGGUGAAAGUUGAGAAGGCCAGCGAUGCCCAUGAGCAGGAGAGUCCAAAUACAAGCGCCUCCGACUUCCUACAAGUGAAAGGUCAAGGUCACAGAGUCAAAGCUCAGAGUGACACAGGCAGCGUUCGCUCUGUGAAGACGGUGAUAGAAAGGAAUUCCAGACCAAAGUCACCGCGAGCGAGAGACCCUGUCCCCCAGUCCCCCAGUCCCACCAUUCAAUUGGAGACGGCCAGCAUCAGUGACAGCCUCCUCUCUCAGUUCCUGUCAGCUGCUGACCUGCUCAAGGGGAACAUUGCCGCCUUGCGCCCCUCCAGCCCUGUAGGGUCAAAGGUUAGCCUCACUGAGAGCGGGAAGAGUGGACAGAGCCGGAGGAGCAGGGAACCCGAACAGGAAGAGGCAGAGUUAGAGGAGCUGGAUCCCCUCUGUCUGCCUAACACCUUGCCCAACGACGUUGUCAGUGAUUGGCUGAGAGGCAUACCUGCCGACGGCGGUAUGGAUAGCCCUGAAGACGAGAUGAACAAGGGAAUUGAGGAGACAGAAGAAGGAGAGGAAGCCGUGGAGAAAGGAGGGGAAACAGAGGGACAGGGAGGAGAGGAGACUGAGGAGAAACAAGAACCGGUUGAGACCACAGUGCUGGAGCAGGAGAACACGGCUGAACCAGGACAACAGGAAGAGGAGAAGACGGCUGAACCAGGACAACAGGAAGAGGAAGUGAAGGAGGCUGAAGAGCACCCAGAGGAAGAGGAGGAGGUGAAAGAGGAGGAGGAAGAGAGGGGAGAGGAGGAGGGAGUAGCAGUGGAGCAAGAGAAGGAAGAAAAAAAAGAAGAAGAGAGGGAGGAGGGAGGAGAAGAGGGGGUAGAGUGUGCUGGCUUCUGCCCUGACCCAGCCCCGCCCACCAAUGACAUCACUUCCUCUCGUCCUCGCCACCUGUUCCUCAGUAAAGAAUCAGAGCUGCCUCGGAGCUGCCACUCAUCUGUGGCAGUAAUGAAGGUUCUACUGAGCCCUACACUGGGCCGAUGCAGCUCCCUGCCCGAGAUAAGUCCUGUGUACGGACGCAGACUGAGCUCCUCUGCUAAAGGUCUGCUGGACUGUCUGGCUCAGCUGCAGCUCAUCGACCCGCCCUCUCUCCCAGCUGCAGCCCCAGGCCCUGACAGGGACCAGCGAUACCAAGAGGUCAUGGAUAUACUAGAGUCACUGUGGCUGUCUAAGCCCAACCCCGGGAAGGGGAAAGAGGGAGAUGCAGAGGGGAAGGAGAGGUUGAAAGACUCUGGUGUGGACCUGAGCAGUGGCUCAGCUGGGUCGGGGGGUUCUGGGAAAGACAUCGCCAGCCGAGUACAGAGCAGUCCAGGGGAGGAUGAGGCGAUCUCAGAGUCGCCCGCAGGGAGAGGUGAGAUGAUGCAGACUACUGAGAGCCUCAAAGCCCCAAGAAGCCCAUCUUCUUCAAACAGCACGGCCUAUAAGUCCCCCACUGACAUAGAGAGAGACACCCCGGAGGACACCCCUAGCUCAGGGACACCUCCGUCAGUCCAGCGAGCGCUGCUCACCAAGCGUGUCUCCCAGGACCCUGACCCGGUCUGGGUUCUCAACCUGCUGAAGAAGCUGGAGAAACAGUUUAUGACCCACUACGUCGACGCCAUGGCUGAGUUCAAGGUGCGUUGGGACCUAGACAACAAUGUGAUGUUGGACACUAUGAUCACUGAGCUGAGAGACGAGGUGAAGAAGAGGAUCCAGACAAGCAUUGAUCGUGAGCUGAGGAAGAUCCGGGGGCGUGCAGGGCGGGGGGGCGUGCCGCGCCCCCCUAUCCUGUCCCGCGAUUCAACCGUUACAGACCAGAGGAGGCGGAGGCUAAAGGUCAUGAAGGUUCAGUCAGUGAACAAGAGUGACGGGGAGCAGGGUUCGGGGGCGGAUGUUAGUGACCCGCGCAGCGAGGGCGAGGAUGAGUACUGUCCCUGCGACGCCUGUAUACGGAAGAAGGCGGAUGUCCAACAAAUCAAAAUGGAAGCUGUGGUCGCCACAGCGCCGGUGAUGAUGGCGUUUGAUCUGCGGAAGAUCCUGCUGAUGAAGAAAGACCCAAAGCCUCUUGCGCCCUCUAGCCCCACGGAGGGGUUGAACAAUGAUCGCCUGGAAUUGGAGGAGAAGAAAGAGGAAGAGGAGGGUGUGAAUCCAGAGGUGGUACACAAAGACGAGGAAGAGGAGGAGACCAAGGAGGAUAUUAUACCAACUGUUGUCAUAGAGGAAGCUAUCCCUGAGGAGGAAGAGGAAGGAGUGACUGAGGGAGAGGAGGAAGUACAGGAGAGUGAUGGAGCUGAGUCUGUGAUGGGGGAAGUAGAGGAGGAGAUAGCUGAGGAGAUAGCUGAGGAGAUAGCUGAGGAGAUACAGCCUGAAGAACAGGAGGAUGGAGUGGUGGAGGGAACAGAGGAUGAGGAGGAGGAGGAAGGAGAGAUGGGAGGUGAAAUUUCAGGAGAAGAUGGCGUGGACGCGGAGGAGACUGGAGAGGGAGAGGAGUUAGUAGAAGGGGAAGAGGAAGGAGCAGGGGACGCUGAAGCAGUGCAGGAGGGUCAAGCGGGAGGAGAUGAAAACACUGUUGAUGGACCAGCAGAGGGGGAUGAGGUGGUGGAAGAGAUGGGAGAGGGGGAGAGGGAGGAGACGGGUGAGGAGGGAGUAGAGACAGGAGAGGGAACAGCUGAGGAGGAUGAAACAGGAGGAGACGAAGAGGAGGAGGAGGAUGAAGGAGAGGAGAACAAUGCGGUGUCUGAAUUCAAGGUGGAAGAAGAGGAGGAGGAGGAGGAAGAGAAUGGAAACACAGCAGGAGAGACAAGUGGAGAGGAGGAGGGUGAGACGGGAGCAGAGGGAGAGACUCCUGAGGAAGGCACAGAGGGCAAUGUGGGGGUGGAGGAUGCUGUGGAGGAGUUGAAUCCUGAAGAAGACAAUGAAGAGGUGAAAGAGGGAAACCGAGAAAUGCCCCUGAUAAGCCAGAUGACCAGAACCUCUGUGGAGUCCCAGCCAGGAUCUAUGGAGAACACAGUUUCACCAAUGCGCUCUUUAACACCCAUUGAGACCAAGGAAACCGGCUCUGAUGGACACAAGAUGGCGUCUGCAGGUGAGGGGUCUGGGGGGAAAGGCCAGAGGAGGAGCCGAUCUCCAGCCAGAGCCAAACGCAGGAAACCCAAAGAGAGCGAUAUAGAACUAGAUGAUCUAGAAAUGUAACCCUCACAGGACAUAGUAAUGAUCUAUGACGUCCAGUUCUAUCACAGAAGAUAGAACUGGACGUUCUAG